AUGAAUUUCACUCACGACUUUGUUGAGCUGGAUAACAAAAAAGAUGAAUUAAUCACACAAAUAACUGAAGAACCUAUUGUAAACAAACAAACAAGUGGCAGUACAUCUGGUGGAUAUACUGAUAAUCAAAUUGAUGAAUAUUUGUCUAGAUUUUUAGAUAUAUCAUCCAACGCCCAAGGAAAUGAACAUUCAGAGAAACAAAUGUCAUUAAAAGAUGGUAUAAAAACUUUUCCAAAAGCUGCAGCUUGGUCAUUUGUUCUUUCCAGUUCAAUUAUCAUGGAAGGAUAUGACACCAAUCUGUUGAAUUCAUUCUAUGCGCUUGAUGGUUUCAAUAGAAAGUAUGGCCAAUACUAUGAAAGUAUAGGUAAAUGGCAAAUUCCAGCAAAAUGGCAAACUUCAUUAUCAAUGGCGGUCUUUGUUGGUGAAAUCUUUGGUCUAUUCAUUGCUGGUAUUGUUGCUGAUAAAAUUGGAUAUAGGAAAACCUUGAUCUCUGCAUUGAGUGUGGUGACUGCUUUCAUCUUCAUUGUUUUCUUUUCAAUCAAUGUCCAAAUGCUUUUAGCUGGUGAAAUAUUACUUGGUGUUGGCUGGGGUAUGUUGCAAACUCUUGUGGUGACUUAUGCAACUGAUGUUUGCCCUUUGGUUUUAAGAGUCUAUUUGACAACUUAUGUUAAUGCUUGUUGGGUCAUUGGUCAAUUGAUAUCAUCUGGUAUUUUGCGUGGUAUUGUCUCUUCAAGUGAUCCACAUGCUUAUAGAAUUCCAUUUGGUAUUCAAUGGGUUUGGCCGAUUCCAAUAUCUAUCGGCAUUUAUCUUGCUCCAGAGUCUCCUUGGUGGCUAACAAGAAAAGGCAAAGCAGCUGAAGCCAAAAGAAACAUCAAACGAUUAUUAACAGCUAAUUCAAAGACACCUGAUUUGGACCUUUUAGCAGAUGCCAUGUUUAACAAAAUGCAACUGACCAUUAAAGAAGAAGAAACAAUGACAGCAGGCGUUAGUUACAUUGAUUGCUUUAGAGGUGAAAAUUUCAGAAGAACAAGGAUAGCAGCUUUAAUAUGGCUUUGCCAAAACAUAACAGGUUCAGCAUUCAUGGGUUAUUCAACCUAUUUCUAUGAACAAGCUGGAUUACCAGAUACCAUGUCUUUCACAUUUUCAAUUAUUCAAUAUGUUUUAGGGUUGAUUGGUACUCUAGGUUCUUGGUUCUUAUCACAAAAAUUGGGGAGAUUCAGUAUAUUCUUUGGUGGAUUAGUUUGCCAAUGUAUUGUUUUGAUAGUUACUGGAGCUAUUGGAUUUUCAAAUUCAGAAGGAGCUUCUUGGGCAGCAGGUUCGUUGUUGUUGGUGUUUACUUUCAUCUAUGACUUGACUGUGGGACCAAUUACUUUUUGUGCUGUUGCAGAAAUGCCAUCUGUGAGAUUGAGACAAAAGACCGUCAUCAUCGCAAGAAAUGUGUAUAAUAUUGCUGGUAUUGUUACUCAAAUUGUUACGCCAUAUAUGUUGAAUCCAACUGCAUGGAACUGGAGGGCAAAGACUGGGUUGUUAUGGGCUGCUUUUGCCUUGGGAGCGGCAAUUUGGACUUGGUUUGAAUUUCCAGAAACAAAAGGUAGAACAUAUGCUGAAUUGGAUGUUUUAUUCCAUGAUGGUGUACCAGCAAGAAAGUUCAAAUACACUGAAGUUGAAUCCUUCAACACUCAGGAGAUGAUUGAUAAAAUUGGUGAAAAUGGUAUCCGAAAAAUUGUCGACGCCGCCGGGGUGGAAAAAGCCCAUGAAGUUGAGAAAGCCUGA